CGCUGUUGGAGUCGCGCGGCGCGGAGGCCACCGGCGGGAGAGUGUGCCCAAGGGCUGCGCACCGCGUCUCAGACCCGGGACCCAGGGCGGCUGCGUCGCCGGGACCCCCGGGAACACCAGGUCAGUCCUGAGCGGUUCUCAGCCGCCACGAAGGUGAGACGGUGGGGUAUUAACCACCCUUCAUCGGCGGUUUUUGUGAGUACAUGGUACCUUCCCAAGUCACUUAUCCGAACCCGCACUCGGCACAUGCACAGGUUGCGUGCCCUUUAGGUGUCUGUGUAGUGAGGCGGCUCUGACUCUCGGCGUUUUGCCCGAAGGUACCCCUGACCCGGCCGGGAAGAUUUCGAGAGCUUGGCAACAUGGCUUCCCCGCCCCACCAGCAGCUGCUGCAUCACCACAGCACCGAGGUGAGCUGCGACUCCAGCGGAGACAGCAACAGCGUAAGGGUCAAGAUCAACCCCAAGCAGCUGUCCUCUAACAGCCACCCCAAGCACUGCAAGUACAGCAUCUCUUCCAGCUGUAGCAGCUCCGGGGACUCCGGGGGGCUUCCGCGGAGGGUGGGUGGCAGGAGCCGCCUGCGCAGGCAGAGGAAGCUGCCCCAGCUGUUCGAGAGGGCGUCCAGCCGAUGGUGGGAUCCCAAGUUCGACUCUGUGAACCUGGAGGAGGCCUGCCUGGAGCGCUGCUUCCCACAGACCCAGCGCCGCUUCCGGUAUGCACUCUUCUACGUGGGCUUCGCCUGCCUUCUCUGGAGCAUCUAUUUCGCUGUCCACAUGAGGUCCAAACUGAUUGUCAUGGUGGCCCCCCCUCUGUGCUUCCUGGUAGUGUGCGUGGGCUUUUUUCUGUUUACCUUCACCAAGCUGUACACCCGGCAUUACGCGUGGACCUCGCUGGCUCUCACCCUGCUGGUGUUCGCCUUGACCCUGGCUGCACAGUUUCAGGUUUUAACGCCUCUCUCAGGACACGUUGACAGCUCCAAUCGUACUCCCACAGCCAGGCCCGCAGACAUUUGCCUGUCUCAAGUGGGAAGCUUUUCCAUGUGCAUCGAAGUACUCUUUUUGCUCUACACCGUCAUGCACUUACCUUUGUACUUGAGCUUAUUUUUGGGAGUGGUCUAUUCAGUCCUUUUUGAGACCUUUGGUUUUCAUUUCCGAGAUGAAGACUGUUUCCCUUCUCCUGAAGCACGGGCCCUACACUGGGAAUUGCUGAGCCGCGCCCUGCUUCAUGUCUGUAUUCAUGCCAUUGGGAUCCACCUUUUUGUCAUGUCUCAAGUGAGGUCCAGGAGCACCUUUCUUAAGGUGGGACAAUCCAUCAUGCAUGGAAAAGAUCUAGAAGUAGAAAAAGCCCUCAAAGAGAGGAUGAUUCAUUCUGUAAUGCCAAGAAUCAUAGCUGAUGACUUAAUGAAACAGGGGGAUGAGGAGAGUGAGAAUUCUGUCAAGAGGCAUGCCACUUCCAGCCCCAAAAACAGGAAGAAAAAGUCCUCCAUACAGAAAGCUCCAAUAGCAUUCCGCCCUUUUAAGAUGCAGCAGAUCGAAGAAGUCAGUAUUUUAUUUGCAGAUAUUGUGGGCUUCACCAAGAUGAGUGCCAACAAGUCUGCUCAUGCCUUGGUGGGUCUCCUCAACGACCUGUUUGGUCGCUUUGACCGGUUGUGUGAGGAAACCAAAUGUGAGAAGAUCAGCACUCUGGGAGACUGUUACUAUUGUGUGGCAGGGUGUCCUGAGCCUCGAGCAGACCAUGCCUACUGCUGUAUCGAAAUGGGCUUAGGCAUGAUAAAAGCCAUUGAACAGUUCUGCCAAGAGAAGAAAGAAAUGGUGAACAUGCGUGUCGGGGUUCACACGGGGACUGUAUUGUGUGGCAUUUUGGGCAUGAGGAGGUUUAAAUUUGAUGUGUGGUCCAAUGAUGUAAACUUGGCCAAUCUCAUGGAGCAGCUGGGAGUGGCUGGUAAAGUUCACAUUUCUGAGGCCACUGCAAAAUACUUAGAUGACCGGUACGAAAUGGAAGAUGGGAAAGUUAUUGAACGUCUUGGCCAGAGUAUGGUUGCUGACCAGUUAAAAGGUUUGAAGACAUACCUGAUUUCGGGUCAGAGAGCCAAGGAGUCUCAUUGCAGCUGUGCAGAGGCCUUGCUUUCUGGCUUUGAGGCCAUUGACGGUUCACGGGUGUCCUCAGGCCCUAGGGGACAGGGGACAGCAUCAUCAGGGAGUGUCAGUGACUUGGCGCAGACUGUCAAAACCUUUGAUAACCUUAAGACUUGCCCUUCACGUGGAAUCGUGUUUGCUCCCAAAUCAGAAGGUGGUGCAGAAGGAGGAACUGUGCAAAACGGCUGUCAAGACGAGUCUAAGACCAGCACCAAGAUUUCUGGAGGACCUAGUUCCAAAGCUCAGAAUGGACUUCUGAGCCCUCCCCAAGAGGAGAAACUCACCAACAGUCAGACCUCCCUGUGUGAGAUCCUUCAGGAGAAGGGAAGGUGGGCAGGCGUGAGCUUGGACCAGUCAGCUCUUCUCCCACUGAGGUUCAAGAACAUCCGUGAGAAAACGGAUGCCCAUUUUGUGGAUGUUAUCAAAGAAGACAGCCUGAUGAAAGAUUAUUUUUUCAAGCCACCCAUUAAUCAGUUCAGUCUGAACUUCCUGGAUCAGGAACUGGAGCGGUCCUACAAAACCAGCUAUCAGGAAGAGGUCAUAAAGAAUUCUCCUGUGAAAACUUUUGCCAGUGCCACCUUCAGCUCCCUCCUGGAUGUGUUGCUGUCUACAACAGUAUUCCUGAUUCUCUCUGUCACCUGCUUCCUGAAGUAUGGAGCCACUGCCACGCCUCCCUCACCAGCUGCCCUGGCUAUCUUUGGUGCAGCCCUGCUGCUAGAAGUGUUGUCCCUUGUGGUGUCCAUCAGGAUGGUGUUCUUCCUGGAGGAUGUCAUGGUAUGCACACAGCGCCUGCUGGAGUGGAUUGCUGGCUGGCUACCUCGCCAUUGCAUCGGGGCUGUCCUGGUAUCCCUUCCUGCCCUUGCUGUCUAUUCACACAUCACUUCUGAGUUUGAGACAAACGUACAUUUCACUGUGUUCACCAGCUCAGCCGUGUUAGUGGCUGUCGUGCACUACUGUAACUUCUGCCAGCUCAGCUCCUGGAUGAGAUCUUCCCUUGCCACCAUCGUGGGGGCCGGGCCACUGCUUCUGCUCUACAUCUCCUUGUGUCCAGACAGUUCCAUAGUAAUUUCACCCCUUGAUGUGGCACAGAAUUUCAGUGCUGCAAGAAGCCCAUGUAACAGCUCACUGACACUGGACAGCAGGAGGCCAACCAGCCUUGUAGGUAAAGAGCUCAUCCUUGCCUUCUUCCUCCUACUCCUGCUGGUUUGGUUCCUGAACCGAGAGUUUGAAGUCAGCUACCGCUUGCACUACCAUGGGGAUGUGGAAGCAGACCUUCACCGUACCAAGAUCCAGAGCAUGAGGGACCAGGCUGACUGGCUGCUUAGGAACAUCAUACCCUACCACGUUGCUGAGCAACUAAAAGUCUCCCAGACUUACUCCAAGAACCAUGACAGUGGAGGAGUGAUCUUUGCCAGCAUUGUCAACUUCAGUGAGUUCUACGAGGAGAAUUACGAAGGGGGCAAGGAGUGCUACCGAGUCCUCAACGAGCUCAUUGGUGACUUUGAUGAGCUCCUGAGCAAGCCAGACUACAACAGUAUUGAGAAGAUCAAGACCAUUGGGGCCACAUACAUGGCGGCAUCGGGGCUCAAUACAGCCCAGUGCCAGGAGGGCAGUCAUCCGCAGGAGCACCUGCGUAUCCUGUUUGAGUUUGCCAAGGAGAUGAUGCGUGUGGUGGAUGACUUCAACAACAACAUGCUGUGGUUCAACUUCAAGCUCAGGGUUGGCUUUAACCAUGGGCCACUCACAGCAGGUGUCAUUGGCACCACCAAGCUGCUCUAUGAUAUUUGGGGGGACACCGUCAACAUUGCCAGCAGGAUGGACACCACUGGGGUAGAGUGUCGAAUCCAGGUGAGUGAGGAGAGCUACCGUGUGCUGAGUAAAAUGGGCUAUGACUUUGACUACCGUGGAACAGUGAAUGUCAAGGGGAAAGGGCAGAUGAAAACCUACCUUUACCCAAAGUGUGUGGAUAAUGGGGUGGUGCCACAGCACCAGCUUUCCAUCUCCCCAGACAUCCGAGUCCAGGUGGAUGGCAGCAUCGGACGGUCUCCCACAGAUGAGAUUGCCAACCUGGUGCCUUCUGUCCCAUAUUCAGACAAGACAUCCCUGGGCUCAGAUGACAACACCCCAGCCAAGGACACACACCUGUAUUCUAAGAGGCCCUGGAAAGAGCCCAUCAAAGUGGAAGAAAGGUGUCAGUUUGGUAAAGCCAUAGAGAAGGAUGACUGUGAAGACAUGGGAAUGGAAGAAGCCAAUGAACUCACCAAACUCAACGUCUCAAAGAGUGUGUAAGGCAGCACUGAAAGCUGCCUGAGGUGCUCUGUUCAUUGAAACACAAUAAUAUUUGUAUUUGGCUGUUGUGCUUUUAAGCGCCACAGUUUUUGUCCCUAGACGUGGUAUUAUGUGGUCAUUUCAACCCUAAAUUCUGUGUGGAUCACAGUUAUUCAGGGCUCAUUUUCAUCCAUUUCUUCUUUACUUUGCUCCCUUCCCUGAAAACCAGCCCCCUUGGGGUACUCCGUUCAGCCAUGUGGAGGAGAACAAGUGCCUUCAGGGUUGGCCUUGGCCUCAAGUCUAGGAUUGAGGCCACAGGUAGAAUUAUGGCUCUUUUUGGGUAUUAUUUGACUUUUAAGCAAAAGCUGUGUUUAAGAUACCAUUUUUUAUUGCCUUUUCUCACAAGACACUUGGUGGGGGGGGGUCAUACAAUGUUUUUGUUUUAUUUUUUCUGUAUAUGUAAUAGUGUUUCCCAGUUACCUGACCUUUCUAAGUAAGCACAUACACGCACACACAUUGCAUUUAUGACUCUGAUAUAAAGUGCCAGUAACUCACUGGGGAGGCGAGAGGAAGAAGGGUGAGGGAACCUCAAGGCCCUCCUCCCCACGCUCCCCAGAGCACCCAGGCCCUCUCCUGUGGGGGCUGUAGGUGGACCACACACCCAACACUGUGGGGUUUCUGGGGUUCACCUGUGUGCAGGCCAAGAUUUCAAAUGUUCACCAGGCACAGAGCUUGUAAGCCCAGGCCUCAGGUAUCUCAAAGCCGUUUUUCAUCCUGACCCUGCUCCAAGGGGUCUUCUAGUUGGGAAUGAAGGUGUCUUGGAAGCUGACUUGUCUGAGGGGAGAACUCAAAUGUCUGAGGGGUGUGUUUAUUUAUUUAUUUAUUUAUCAGUAUGUAUGUGUUUUGGGGAAGGGUGCUGGAUCAUUUUGGUGGAGGGAAAUAAGCUGGAGUGGAGGGCAGGCCAGUUCACAAAGGGCACAGAUGUAUGACAAGCUGUCCCUUCAUGUUUCAGCCACUGGGGGCCACAUUGCCCUAGGUGCUCCCCCUUGUUGAGUUCCAAAUCAAAACCAGCAGGCUGGUAGAGACGGUGUCUUGGCCUCUAUAAAUUCAAAGUUUCUUCAUUCUUUCCCACACUCCAAUUGCACAGGCUGGUCUGUGGCAGAAUUUAAUCUCAUGAGCCAAGUCCAGCCAAUUGAGAGGGGCUUCUUAGCUGUACAGAACCAUCUGUACACAAAUGGCAGAGGAAACUCAAGGAAAAUCAGUCACUGCUCUUGGUUGCCACUUCUGCUUUUGUGUGUGUGAUUUGCCACAUUGAGCCUGAAAUUUAUGUCCAAUGGCACACAGGCUACAGUUGUUCUCUCUUAGUUAUUUUCCAGGUGAUGCUGGCGUGCAGCCCAGGAUACAACUGAGGACUAGCUCUGUAUCUGUUGGAGUUCUUCAUACAGUUCCCCAAGUGUGUUCUUUCAUUGGUAAACCUCACUGUAUACUUUCCACUUCUUCAUUUAAGUCCCUUCAUUACUCCUUCCCAAAGAAAAGAGAUUCUUCCGUUUCUGGCAUGAUGACAUCUUGAUUCUGGUCAGCCACUUCCCCGGGGGGGAAAUCUGACAUGGCCAUCUGGCAGCACACAGUGGUCUCAGAAUUGAGAACUUUCUCAGUGACUGCGAGCUUUUCCUUCAGGUUUGACUGUCAGUUUGUUGGUCUUCCAACUCCGAAGAAAAUAUGGUUAUGACAAUACCUCUUGCUUCUGAAGAAUGUAUUCUUAUAAAACACCACAGAUUUUUUUUUCUUAUAAAACACUACCUGAUGCUUUCCUUGUGCUAAGAAUUAUGGGCAUGUUGAAUUUUAUACCAUCAGUAUUAUGUGAGUGUUGUCCUCUCCUCUGCCUUCCAUCUCCGGGCUGCAUAGCUUUUAGGGGCUGGUAGAUUGCUCAUGUUUUUGCUGUCUCGCUCAAAAUAUGCUCUACCAAGUUCAUCUCUGCACACACUUUUCCCCCAUCAUGCUGUUUUCCUUCCCCUACCACAGAGGUGUUUGUGAUCCCUCUCCCAAUGUGGAACCCCAGAGCUGCAAACUGACCGGAGAGAAGCAUUAACCUCGGGUGGUCUGGUUCAGCAUUGUACCAAUGGAGUGUCUGACAAAGGGCAGCUCAUCAUACGGAGGAUAAAUGGUUUUUUAAAACACCCUGAGCCUUCCUAGAGAACCAGUGCAGAUGUGCUCUUGGGGCCUUGUGACCCCUGGGACUUUCCCAGCUCCCUGCUCUGAAGCAUACCUCAUUGAAGAACCACAGAAUCUCGUGGCACACCUGCCAUGCAUCUCAGUCUGUCAGCAUUGAACAAGUAGUUGUUGCUGGAUGCAGAUGGGCUUCUAGGCAGUGGGCUCAAAUGCUGCAGGUGGCAAUACUUCUUAGGAACCUAGGGCAGGAAGCAAUACUUCAGAAUUGAAUGUGUGUAAAUAGUUGCUUUGAAUUGCAAUUGCUAUUUUCUUCUCAACCCCAGAUCAAAUUUUAUAUAUCUGUAUGAUCAACAAGCACACAUAAUUUUAUCAGUGCAAAUAAAUGUAGAGCAUCAGUUAUGAAAUCCUUAUAUCACUUGAAGAGUCCCACAGAUUGUGCCACACCUGCGCAUGGCUCCUUCAACGCUGACUUCACUGGUUGGGGCUGCACCUGCACAUUUGCACAUGAUGUGGAGAGUUCAAGGCAGCGUGCAACCCAUUACCUGGGCUGUAAUCACUUGUAGUUUAAAGAUACAUCUGCAUUUGAAUUUCUAGAUUUCUGAGGUAAGCAUUUUUUUGAUCAGUUGUUUCAGAAAAUCACAUCUUGCCUAGAAUCUGAAAUUAAAUUAAGGAGAACCAACUGUUUGCAUUUUCCACAUUUUGUUUGCUCUGCUCUUUUAAAAUGGUUAAUUCUAAGAACUUCAAAAUGCAUUCACUGAAAAAAAUGGACAUUAAAAUGUUCUAAAAUCUAA